UUUUUCCCAGUCGCGAGCGGCGAGUCGCAUCGGCAUCGGAUCUCUUCCUCCGGUCUCCUCUGAGCUCUGAGCCUCUGAUUCCGCGCCCACACUGCCACUGCCUCUGGCUCUGGCAGCCAGACCCACCUCCCCUCCCGAUCUGGGAGCCGAGCUCGCCUCGCCUCUCCCAAGGCGGCGGCGGCGGCGCAUGGAUCCCGCCUCGUCGGUGGCCGCCGAGCUCUGGCGACCGCCGCACCUGCACCACCACCACCACCUCGCCUCUUCCGCCGGCCGUCAUCCCCACCUCGAGGCCUCCUCCUCCUCCGUCGUCACCGCCGCCGCCGCCGCCGCCCGCUCCGGGGGCGGCGGCUCCAGCAGCAGCAGCCGCAGGAGGGCGCGGCGCGAAGCCGCGGCGCCGCCGGCCGAGGAGGAGCCGUCCAAGCUCGCCUCCACGUCCGGGACCGCCGCCAGUAGCAGUGCGGCAGGCGGCCGGGACUCGGCUGACCCAGAAGCAAAACGGUUGAAGCAGAUGACACCUAGUGAAAAUAAUGACAGAAGGACAGAAGCUGGAUCAAAUUCAGGGAAUGCUAGCAAGUCUGCUGAUAAAAAGCCUGCACCUAAAGAGCCACCAAAAGACUACAUCCAUGUGAGGGCUAGAAGAGGUCAAGCAACGGACAGCCAUAGCCUCGCAGAAAGAGCGCGACGAGAGAAGAUAAGUGAACGGAUGAAAGUUCUUCAAGAUAUUGUCCCUGGAUGCAACAAGGUAAUCGGGAAAGCAUCAGUCCUUGAUGAGAUAAUAAAUUACAUCCAGUCUCUACAGCGUCAAGUGGAGUUUUUGUCCAUGAAACUUGAAACCAUUAAUGCUCAUAUGAACAAUGCGACUGUAGCUUUUCCAACGAAAGAUUUUGGUGCUCCGCCAUAUAAUACUGCACCUAGUCUGACGUUGGAUCCACAAACACCAAGGGAAUAUGCCCAGGGCUCGAUGUCAGAUUGGCUUCACAUGCAGAUCGGUAAUGCAUACGAAAGAGUGACAUGAAUAAAAUGAGAACAAAAGUGAAUUCCUUGUGAUAGCCAUAAAGAGUACCAGGAUCAAUCAAGUCCACAGUACCAGGUCCAUUUUUAUUUUCUCGUGGUUAUCGUGUCGCCAAAGUUCUUUUAUUCCUAAUUUGGGGGCAUAGUGCCGUAGAUGCAUCAUUCCACAUUCGUCUAGGAGGAAACACCGUCUUUCAUUGUCUACGGAUUUCGUGAUGUAUCCCGGGAAAUUUUUGUAGCUUAGGAGAAUCUGAACCUAACAUUUGUUUUCAGAACGUUUCUCUGUUUUGAACCAGGAAAAAAAGAGAACUGCUCCAGUCC